AUAUGCAGCUAUUCUCUUCAAAUCAAAUGCACAAAAGUCUAGGUUCUAUUUUAUCCAACGAGAGGCCUGGAAAGUUCCAAUGUCACGGAAAAAGAAGAUGAUUUGUUGAUGAUUUCCCUCUUCCUAUUUACAGUCGUCUCGUGUCCUUCCUUGUAUAGUCUGUCAAUCUCCUCCACCUAAACGCCAAGAAAGAGAGAGCGGGAACUGGGUUAGGUAGUAAAAUGAGCUCUUCAAGCUCACCUGGUCGAUCUCGAGGAGGAGAAAAGGAACAAAGACCAAGGACUUUUGACACUGAAGCGAAGAAGAUGUGCUGGGCCAAGGCGGAGACUGUACCUGGUCGACAUCCCGAACGCUGGCGCAAAGAUUCCGCCGGAAACGUCGUCUGUAAACGCUUUGCCAAUUGUCAAGGCUGCCUUUGCUUUGAAUAUGACCACAUUAUUCCCUUCUCCAAAGGGGGUGAGUCCAUAGCGGAGAACUGUCAGAUCCUUCAAACAAGGGUGAACAGGCUUAAAGCCAACAAGGAUGAGAUUGAUAUUAGUCAGUUAAAAAGCUACUCCUGCGAUAUCAAGUUCACUGAUAAGGAACUCGAUGUAAUUGAAAUGGCUGUUUAUGGGGAUGUUAUCCGCCCUGGAAACCAAUGUCGUUGUAGAACUGUUGCAGAACUACUAGGCCAAUACAAGUCAAAGAACCCAGCUGCUCCCUGCAAGUUACCAUAUGCUGAUGAAUCCUUGUAGCAAAGGAAACUCAGGGCUGGGUAUAAAUUUCUGCAACAACUACUGCUUAUGCCUUAGUCCCAAACAAAUUGGGUGGGCAUACAUUCCUCCAACAACAUCUACGCCUCAGUCCCAAACAAAUUGGGUGGGCAUACAUUUCUCCAACUUCAAUUUUAAUUUUCUAGAAGUCAUUAAUAUGUUGCAUUUCAAAAGCUUUAAGUAGAGUUUAAAUUCUUAUGUAGCUCAGCAGCCUAUUGAGUGGAUUGUUGUUGACUUGGUGGAUAACUGUGCCACAUUGUGAAGUUAAGUGUCGCGAGUGAGUCUCAAUGACAUUCCUUGAGAUGGAAGGCAAAUAAUUCUAAAGCCAUUUGCAACAGCAGAUCUUGUUUCGUGACCUUCCGAUUCCUCAAAUGGAUUAGUAUGACAGGAUUCAUAUAGCUAAUCCUGACCAGUUCAUAGAGAGUCUAUUAAACCUAAAAACACAGACCAGCAAACUUGUUUGUUUUUGUCAGUUUGUUCAAGUA